GCCACGCUUGCCGCAACAUUGCCUCUUUACUAUCGCAGAUACCCUCUUUUAGUACUAUCAAACCUCUCUACUUCUCCUACGCGACCAAUACUUAUAAUCGCCAACUCGGAUAGACGCCACCCAGCUAUUGAGCAAGCUUUCCUUACUCGGCCAGCCAGCAGCACGCGCAUCACUCCACCGCGAGACGUUUACACAACAACAGCCGGCAAGUUUCGUGCAAACAAAGCGCACCGAUUCCGCAACCAUGUUCUUCUUUUUUACUUGCGGAACACACACCUUUUCAUCGAAGCUCACCGGCGCAGAACACGUAACAGUCCAAUGCCAAAACUGCGGUAACUUCUCUGGCAGAGUGAUGAAAAGAUGGGAAUGGUUCACAUUCUGUUUCGUCCCCAUCAUCCCCUUCUCGCUCAAACCCUACAAGGAAGUCGGUUGCCACAUUUGCAAUUUCUGGCAGGACAUCAAGUACCGGCCAGAUGUGCAGCAGCAAAUCGGCGGCGCUGGCGGUGCACAAGGCCAGGGUCAGGAAGGUCAGGCUGUUAUGAUGCAUGGAGGACAGCAGGGACAGGGAGGACAAUCGGGGAAUUACCCACCGCCAGCGGGGGUGCCACAGUAUAAGUAGACUGAGGGGGGAGGGAAGGGGUUGUUAAGAUGAGCAGAGGGGGAAGGGCUUGGAAAUGAUUCGACGCCACCGUUAGAUCGAGCGUGGAGGGGUGAUUAUGUUGGGUCUCUUAGGAGACCCAUAAAUUGUUUACUAGCUAUGUGGGUUCAGCUCUUUCGUACUUUCUUUACACGAUAUGAUUUCCUAAUUUGCAUUGGCAUAUAUCGGCGUUUAGGCGCCCUAUCAGAUACCAGACGGAAUUCGAAUGACUUGAAUCUCUAUAUUAUUCACGUCUAUGUAUUGCUAUCACCGACCUUCAUGCUACCAGACGAAGAAUAUAAUUACUGAGCUGUGCUCACGUGUAGACCAAUACUACCUCGGU